AUGCUGGCUUACUUUUUGGAGGGUCGCAAGGAUUUGGAAGGUCUAGUGGAAUCCAAUCCACCGGUGGUCAACGCUCAUCAUCCAACGAUAAUGACUACUAACAGGUAUCAAACAAAAUGGGUCGCUGGUUUUAUAGGCGCGGCGGAGAGUCAAGGAAUUAGCAACGUUUGGACAAACCACGACUAUACGCGGUCAAAGGAGAACAGAAAGAUGCAGCAGAAGAACACUAGAAAGCCUUGA